ACCACAUGGUAACCAUGACGUAUGGACACUUUCCAUUACCCGAAGAGCCCAUCUAUUCUGUAUACUAUGGUGGCCAAAGCAAGCGUACUAUGGUAAAUUGGUAACCACCACCUUACAUUACAAGUUACAAUAAGUAAACGCCACGUCCUUUCACAAGCUGUAUUUGCAAUUUGGAUUCAUGGAGUGUAAGUAGCAUACAUAGCUUCAGAGGAAUCAUCCUUAGUUUCUGGAAUGACAUAGGAUUUGCUGGUGGUCAUUCCAAUCUCAGGGUGUCCAGUGUUUACUACUUGGUUUCCAAUCUUUGCAUUUCUACUACAACAGAAGCAUAACAAGGACUCGAUUUUCUGGCAGUGUAUAAUCUGGAACUGUGAUUGGAAUGAAGUAAUAGCCAUGGUUCUUUUUCCAUCUCUUGUCAAUGGAUUGACAAGAACUGUGUCAUUGAAGAAAGAGAAGAGUGGUAGAAAGGAUGCUGGAAGGAAAGCUGUGGAAGCAUUGGAAAAGGAAGCAAGGAAGAAUGAAUUGUUGAUUAGUUCAUCUGGAAUUGUUAGGUCUUUCAAGGCCAACAAUUUUGCUUCCUUGUUCACUAAGAAGGGCCAGAAAGGAGUCAAUCAGGAUUGCCUUAUUGUUUGGGAGGAAUUUGGUUGCCAAGAAGACAUCAUCUUCUGUGGAAUUUUUGAUGGGCAUGGUGCUUGGGGACACUUGGUGGCCAAAAGAGUCAGGAAACUACUACCUGCUUCCUUGCUAUGCAAUUGGCAGGAAAAUCUGGCUGCAACAUCACUUGACCUGGAUUUUAAGAUGGAAGCAGACAGGAACCUUCAGAGAUAUGACAUAUGGAAGCAGUCCUACAUAAAAGCUUGUGCUUCCAUUGACCAAGAUCUAAAGCAGCAUACUGAGAUUAAUUCCUUUCAAAGUGGUACUACAGCUUUGACAAUUAUCAAACAGGGUGAACAUCUCAUUAUAGGAAACGUUGGUGACUGUAGAGCUGUUUUGGCGACCACUUUAGGGGAUGGCACAUUAACUACGCUUCAGCUUACCACUGACAUGAAGCCAAAUUUACCAAAGGAGGCAGAGCGCAUAAUGCAAUGUAAAGGGCAAGUAUUUUGCAUGGGAGAUGAACCAGGAGUGUACAGGGUUUGGAUGCCUAAUGGCAAGUCCCCGGGACUAGCAAUAUCUAGAGCAUUUGGUGACUACUGUUUAAAGGAUUUUGGACUCAUUUCUGUCCCAGAUGUCACACAAAGAAAACUAACCACCAGGGACCAAUUUGUCAUCUUGGCUACAGAUGGUGUAUGGGAUGUUAUUUCCAACGAAGAAGCAGUGAAAAUUGUUGGUUCAGCGCCACAUAAAGAAAAAGCAGCUGAAAGGCUGGUGAACUACGCCACACAUGAAUGGAAACGUAAGAGAAGAGGCAUUGCUAUCGAUGAUAUAUCAGUUAUUUGCCUCUUCUUUCACUCUUCUCACCACUAAAGUUGUCCAGUAAGAAUGGAGGGUCAUAUCAAAACGAACAUUGCUGCUUCCUUAUGACACAUUAUGCUAAGGCAUUUAUUUGCAUGUACACUUAAAAUUCUCCAUGCUUUAGCUUGGACUGUAGUAUUUAUUUGCAUUUCCUCUUUUGUGAAACUUUUUGUAAGGUGAAUUUGUCUCCAAAAAAACCACAGAACUUUUCUUUUUAGUGAUUUUGAGAAAACCAUCGUCAUUACUUAUUACUAGUUAGCGGUAUUGACUAAGAUAUUUGUAAGCGUAUUGUAUAUCCUUAAUUUCCUGAACCAAGGAAUAAAUUAAAAUAAAAUAAUUUAUUUAAAGUGAU